AUGUCCAACGCAAUGCAGAUUUCUGAUAGUCUUUUGUGCCUUAAACUCCGGCGUUCAUUUGCAGCCGACCUCUACGCUCGCUACUAUCUUUACCAUGGGUGCUUUGAAGGUCUCCUAACUACCUGUGCUCGUCGACUACAAGCACAUUUGAGUUGGCCAAAUGUGUCCCCCAGUCUCGGGCUCACUGAUGGCAUAAUCUCACAGCGUCUGAAAUGGAAGCCUUAUCGCGCAGUAUCAAAUUCUUUUUUGUCAGAGCAACGCCCGACCUGUGUUUCGCAAGCACUUAGUGCGACUGAAAAUAACCCACCUAAUUUUAGCAACGCUGUGCAAGCUAUCUAUCACUCGCACAAUAAUAGCAUCCUUCUUCGGUGCCAUGACGCUCGAUAUAUCCACUUGUCGGUUUUCUACUUUGGCAGCAGAUAA